AUGUAUGAGAUUUACACGGAAAAGUUGAUAGCAGCUGUCAAAUCGAAGCCUAGUUUGUAUAAAAAGAGUGACCCUAUGUACUACAGUCAUAGAAAACAUAAAGACAAAUUGUGGCGCGAUGUUUGCAUUGAGGUCUUGACCCAAUCCGGUCGAAGUUGGGACAAUCUAAAGGCGGUCGAAAAAGUUGAAUGCGUUCGCGACAUGCAGAAACGAUGGAAAAACCUCCGCACUUGCUUCACGAGAGAGGUCUCGCUACAACGGAAAGAGAGGUUUAAAAUGGAGAAUGCAAUACCGUUUAGAAAAAGAAAGACAUACAAUCAUUUUGAGGAACUGAGCUUUCUUCUAGACGAUAAUCCUGAACAGAUAACCGAUUUGAAAGGUAGUGAUGACGACAAUGAUCCCCUUGAUCCGCAUUAUGAAGCAGAAGACAUCGAACUUAGCUUCCAGGAUAGUAACAGCGAACACGUUAACAUAGGAAACAUAGUUCCAGAUUAUGAACUACAAGGCUAUAAUAAAAGUGAAGAAAUAGAAAGCAAAAUGAUCAAAGUCAUUAAGGAUAUGAAGAAGGAUGAAGAUGAUGAUGAUAGACAAUUUGUUAUGUCCCUUUUACCAUUAUUCAGAAAACUGUCCGAUAGACGAAAACUGGAAGCUCGGAUAGAGGUUUUGAAGGUUCUACAGAAGGUUAGCUUUGAUGAUGAAGAUUGCAAGACUUAG